CCCCCCCCGGUGGGCGUGGCCUGGGCGCACCUGGGUGACGUCACGGGCGCGCACCUGGCGAUGGCGGCGGGGCGGCUCCUCCCGGUGCUGCUGCUGAUCCUGGGGGUCCCGGGGGGCUCCGGACGGGACCCCCAGAGCGGCCCCGCCGCCCUCGCCGCCCGGUGCCGGUUACCGGCGCUCACCGGCCGCUGCCGCGCCUCCAUCCCGCGCUGGUUUUUCAACGCCUCCUCCGGGAGCUGCGAGAGUUUCGUGUUCGGCGGCUGCGGCGGCAACGGGAACAACUUCGGGAGCGAACGGGAGUGCCGGGAACGCUGCGGGGACACCGCUCCCUCCAGCCCCGUGAGCACCAAUUCCACCUUGCCAGAGCUGUGCUCGGCUCCGCCGGCUCCGGGGCCGUGCCGGGCGUCGUUCCCGCGCUGGUUUUUCAUUCCCGAGGAAAAUUCCUGCCGGGAAUUCACCUACGGAGGCUGCAGGGGCAACGCCAACAACCACCGGGACCAGAGGGAAUGUCUGAGGCGCUGCCAGAGGCACCAGGGUGACUUCGGCGCCGAAUUCCGGAGAUUCUUCUCUUCCAAAGGUGCCGUUUUCGGGGGUCUGGUGGCCCUGGGGGUCUCGCUGGCCGCGGGGCUGGCUCUGGCUCGGCGCCGGUUCCGGACGAAGCCGCGAGCGCCGGGAGCCGGGAGCCGCGAGGAUCGCGAGUGCCUGAUGAAAGACCCCUACCCAGCCUGAGAGACCCCUCCCCAAAAUCCCCCAAAAACCCCCAAAA